CCCCAGCAGACGGUCUUGCUCGGGGUCAGACCAUCCUGCUCCAGCUAUCACCAGCCGACUAUAAACCAGUUUUCCUCCGGAAUGCCUUAUUUUUUUGGAGAGACACCAUUGAUGGAAAUUGCCUGAUGAUAACCGGAGCGGGAGGAGCCGUCGAUCCAAAGAAAGAGAAUCCAUGGCAAAGUGGCUAAAGGACUACCUAAACCUUGGCAGCAGGCGUGAUCCUCCUCAGCCACCGAGGCCAGAUUACACUGAGAGUGAGAUAUUGAGGGCCUACAGAGCUCAGAAGGAGCUGGACUUUGAGGAUCCCUACCAACAUUCGGAGAAGGAGCAUCAGAAUGGGGGCUUUAGCUCUUGCACCACAACAGUGAGCCUCCCCUCCUUCCCUGCGUUUGGCUCUGUGCUGUCUGAUGGUGUGGAGGUGAAAGUUGUGUCUCCAAAACACAGACUAAUUAAAGUGGGCUCUCAGGAGUUUGGCCGCUGUAAAAUUCCUCUCAGUCCAGUCACUGUUCACGAAGAACCUGUGGUUCCUUCCGCCCCAGCAGCAUCAGAUGGUGAAACGGAUUACUCUGAUCCCUUUGAUGCGCGUCCAAACCCGAGAGGCCGACCGAACUGGGAGCUCAAAUCCGCACCAACGGACUGCUGCAGCUACAUGGAGCCAUUCGAAGCCCAGCGAAUCAUUGCAGAUCUGCAACACACCGCAAUGACAAACAGGAACCCGAGCGGAGACGGUGCCCAGUUAUACGAUAACCCUUAUGAGGAAAAGAGCCGCCACCAGCAUCGAGCUGCUCCGCCAGCGCAGCAGCAGCAGAUGCAGAAGAGCGACGCUGGAGCAGCCCUGAUAGACAGCAGGGAGAGCCGGCUGCCUCAGGACGACGAGAGGCCGGCUGAUGAGUACGACCAGCCGUGGGAGUGGAAGAAAGACAACAUCUCUAAAGCGCUAGCAGUUCAGUUUGAAGGGGCAGAAAGGGAGCGCUCCCGAGCUCAGCCAGAACACACGAGGUUUACCAAAACGGGCUCUGCGUCAUCCGCGUGCGAUGCGACGACUCUGCGACUUGUUGGCGACACCCCUCCUCUGCUGGGUGAGAGGGUGGAUCCGUCUCUGCCUCUGGAACAGCAAGUGUGGUAUCACGGAGCUCUGAGCCGCUCUGAGGCAGAGUCUCUGUUGACUCUAUGUAAAGAGAGUUCCUACCUGGUUCGGAAAAGCCAGACCUGCCAGAACGACUACUCUUUAUCACUCAGGAGUUGUAAAGGCUUCAUGCACAUGAAGUUCACCCAGUCCGCAGAAGGCCGCUACGUUCUCGGUGAAAACAGUCCUCCUUUCUGCACCAUCCCCGAGGUCAUCCACUACUACACCACACACAAACUGCCCAUCAGAGGAGCCGAGCACAUGUCCCUGCUGUACCCCGUCAUUGUGCAGACCCUCUGACGUUGACGCACACGCUCCUGUUCCGCCUGGUGCUACUGAAAGCAAUGUCUACUCAACAUUUACAGAUUAUGUCUUCACCUUUUUCCACCGCAGCCCUCCAAACACUGCCCUGAAGAAGUUGACAUGUUUUCAAUGUGUUGGAUUGAAAUCUUUGAUUUAAUAUGGCCGAAUUGAUUGAACAUGAUUUGAUCUGUGUUGCCUUUAUGCAGUCAAAGGAAACUUUGGUUUGUGCCAUAAAAUCUUUUGUUUUUCUCCCAUUACUUUCAUGUUGUUUUCACUAGAUAGCCAGGUUAUUCAAACCACAGUCAAAAUGUUUCUACAGCCACAAACAACGCUAUUAUUACCCUUAAAAUAUCUGUUGCUAAAUAACCCAAACACUACAUCAAUAUCGGUCAGCCUGGCCUUCCUUUUCUUCCUUGGACUCUGGUUUUCAGAGGCUUGCGAAUGUCCUGCAAUGUUGCAGCCAUGCACCCUACAGUGUUUCUCGUUUCAUCAUGUUGCUGUGUCGGCGUAAACAUGACUCGUUAACUGGACAACAGUCUUGCAAUACUAGUUUAGAGAGUAUUUACCACAGUGUUAUACAGAAAGAUUAUGGCUUUGUGGUCCUGAUCAUCAAAGAAACUUUAGUAGGUUAUUUACUGUGCUAUUUUUUAUGACUCUAAAUGUAAACUCAAAAUAAAGGUGUCCUGUUUUCCA